AUGAUCAAAGUGAACCCUAACUUCCAAUCCUCCCAGGACGAACCACGCUUCAUCCUGCGAACCCGUGAUUAUCCUUUAAGACGAGGUUUCUAUGCCGUCUACGUCUUCCAGUAUGCCGAUGGUUCCAAGUGCGCCGUACAGCUGCCGAUUUUCAUGCCCAGUUCGACCGAAGAAGAACGUGAGGCUAUCACGACCACGGUCGAAAGGGAAACAUUCACACUGGAAUAUCUCGAGGACAGAGGAUUCCCUUGGUCCCCGCGACCCAUUACCUACUCAGUUCGAUUCGACAAUCCUGUGAAGUUCCCAUACAUGCUACUGAGCUGGUUUGAUGGGAAGCCGAUGCAAUGGGAGGACGAGAUCCCGGCAUCUUUGGACGUUCGUGAGAAAGUCUCCAAACAACUCGCCCAUAUCAUGGUUGAUCUGGCCCUAGCGACCGAGCAGCACCGUAACCCAAACUUGCCCUCCUUAGCGGCAUUCGGCUAA